AAAAAAAAAGAAAAAAAAAACCUUUAAGAGAGAGAACAAGUCAUCGUUAAUGAUCAUCGAUGUCGAAAGUGAAGCAUCUACUAAGAAAACUCCACAUCGGCGGCGGGUUAAAUGAGCACCAGAGGCUGGGUGAGACGCAGCCCGUGUUAAACCCGAGCCCUAAUCCGAGUCCCAACCCGUCUUCAUCGACUUCGUCUUCGGGUUCGGGAACAAUGGGGAGAAUCGGAGCGGUUGAAUCGGCGGUUGGUGAUCGGACGGAAGGGGAGAGUGGAAUUGAUUAUAAUUUCUUGGAAGAGGAGUUUCAGGUACAGUUGGCUUUAGCGAUAAGCGCGUCCGAUCCAGACGUGAGAGAGGAGGCUGAAUCCGCUCAGAUCGACACCGCUAAGCGGAUGAGCCUCGGUUGCCGGUCGGCUUCGGUUACUGACACUGAUGCUCUCGUCGAGUUUCUCUCGCUUCGAUAUUGGAGUUAUAAUGCUGUAAAUUAUGAUGAAAAAAUUGUGGAUGGAUUUUAUGACGUAUAUGGAAUUACCUCAAAUUCAGUUGCACAAGGGAAGAUGCCAUUGUUGGUGGAUCUCCAAGCGGUAUCCCUUUCCGAUAACUUUGAUUAUGAAGUUAUUUUCGUAAACCGCUUGGUUGAUCCUAAACUUCAAGAGCUUGAGAAAAGAGUGUAUAAUGUAUCACUAGAGUGCCGGCUUCGUGAGCUUGGUCCAGUUUUAAGUGGCUUGAUUCAGAAAAUUGCAGAUAUUGUUGUUGAGAGAAUGGGUGGUCCAGUUGGUAAUGCUGAUGAAAUGUGUAGAAGGUGGAUCUCAAGGCGUACUGAGUUAAGGAAUCUUCUGAAUACAAACAUUCUUCCCCUUGGUUAUCUUGAUGUUGGACUUUCACGUCACAGGGCCCUACUUUUCAAGGUGCUAGCUGAUAAAAUCAGUCUUCCAUGUAUGUUGGUCAAAGGAAGCUGCUAUACUGGCACUGAUGAUGGAGCUGUGAACUUGAUCAGAAUUGAUAAUGGAUGUGAAUACAUUAUUGAUCUAAUGGGUGCGCCUGGAACCUUAAUUCCAGCUGAGGUACCCAGCAAUCAUCUCCAAAAUGCUGGAUUAGAUGCAAGGGGUUUCCCUGAUCAUACUGAAACCUCUGGAGUUUCUCAAUUGGCGCUUGACAAACAAACUGAAACUCUGGCUGUUUCACCGGUUCUGGAUAGUAUCCCUGAAGUUGGCAGCUCAAUGUCAGAGGAUGCUAUAUAUGUAGGUAAGCAGACAAGUAAAGAUGACUUACACCUUGCUGAUAAUAAACAAACCAAGAGAUUUGAGCAAGAGUUUGGGAAUCUUUUUCCCUCAUUACGUAAAAUGUGUGACAACUCAUCCAGCACUUCUGGAAAACCAUGCUCUGCGCAAAAGAAGAAAGUUAAAAAUGUUUCCAAAUAUGUCAUUAGUGCGGCAAAGAACCCUGAAUUUGCACAGAAAUUACAUGCUGUUUUGUUAGAAAGUGGUGCAUCGCCUCCUCCAGAUUUGUUUAUGGAUAUUAACCCACAGGAUCCAGGUGAAGGGAAGGUGCUCCAUCUAGCGAACGGGAAAAUUGUAGAUAAUUAUGCUCUUUGCCAUUCAGAUAAUUUUUUGUCAAGCCGUGAAAGACUUUUAUCCUCAGUUGGAGUAGAAUCAUCUAAUGAUCUAGAUUAUGAUAAUAAACAGAAACAGCAAACUGAGUGGUUUGCUGAACACCAAAUAGAACAGGAACCUAAUGUCAUUAAAUCAGAACUUUCUUUGUCCUCUGUUACCACAAGUGAUGGAUUUGUUCUUGUUGGCGAUAGAGCUAAUGAACUAUUACCAACCGAUCCUACAGGUGUAGAUACUGCUCAUGUUAACCCCUGUGGAGUUGGUGCUAGAGCUUUGCAUGAGAAACAAACUCAUGGAUCUCCCUUGCCCCCUGCAACUGAGUUUUGUCAAAGACACCCUGAAAAUGCCUUGGUCAGUGAUAAUAGAGUGAUGGAAAGGAUUUUCGAUUACCCUGAUUUGCGUACAGAAUCUACUGUAGAGUCAAUCGAAAUGACCAAUGGUGGCCUGCCUAUUACUUGCAAUGGUCGCAGUGACAAGAUUAACCCAUUGUUGAUGGAGGUUGCAGAAUGGGAAAUUCUGUGGGAGGAUCUUCAGAUUGGUGAACGCAUUGGGAUUGGUUCAUAUGGUGAGGUCUACCGUGCAGAUUGGAAUGGCACUGAAGUUGCUGUGAAGAAGUUCUUGGAUCAAGAUUUCUCUGGUGAUGCAUUGAUGCAGUUUAAAUGUGAAGUUGAUAUCAUGUUGAGGUUGAGACAUCCUAAUGUUGUCCUUUUUAUGGGAGCUGUUACUCACCCUCCACAUUUCUCAAUACUGACAGAGUUCCUUCCUAGAGGGAGUUUAUAUAGGCUACUGCAUCGUCCCAACCAACUACUUGAUGAAAAGAGGCGAACGCGAAUGGCUUUCGAUGUGGCCAAGGGAAUGAAUUACUUGCACACAAGCCAUCCUACUAUAGUGCACCGAGACUUAAAAUCUCCAAAUCUUCUUGUCGAUAAGAACUGGGUUGUAAAGGUCUGUGACUUUGGAUUGUCACGCACGAAGCACCACACUUUUCUAUCUUCAAAAUCUACGGCUGGAACGCCGGAAUGGAUGGCGCCAGAAGUUUUACGGAAUGAACGAGCCAAUGAAAAAUGUGAUGUGUACAGUUUUGGUGUGAUAUUGUGGGAGCUGGCUACCUUGCGAAUUCCCUGGAAAGGUUUGAACCCAAUGCAGGUGGUUGGAGCUGUUGGUUUCCAAAAUAGACGUCUUGAAAUCCCAGAGGACGUUGAUCCAGUAGUUGCUCAGAUAAUAUGUGAUUGUUGGCAAACGGAGCCACAUUUACGGCCGUCUUUUUCAGAGCUAAUGGCCCGUCUGAGACGCCUGCAACGUCUGUGUGUGGAUAGAUCAAACUCUACAGAUGAAUUGUGAGAGAUGAAGAGUCAUUUGGUGUAAUAAAAUACCUGAAAGAGGUUGUAUCUUGGCUCGAAGAGCAAGAGCAGCUAGAAGUUUUUUCAUUUGAUAUAUAUAAAGAAAGUUAGGAGAAUACCGGAGAGGGAAGUGUUGGUUCAAUCAAAGUGGGGGCUCAACACAACCCAUUCAGGAAUGAAUGGAGAUCCUCCGUGUCAAGCAACUGUAUAAGAGCAGUGGAGGAUACAUCGAAAGGUUCCGCCAUUAUUAGCAUAAACUGCAAAUAGGUAGCAUCACUCAAUCUAAAUGUAAAAGUUUCAAAAGAAAAUUUUAAAAAAGUGGAAAGAAAGAAAAAUAAUUUUUUUUUUUUUUUUUUUUUUAAAUUUUCAAAUACUCGUAUCUGUGGGGGUCUUGUUUGGGUAAGCAAUCCCAACUCCGGAAUUGUAAACAUACGAUCUCUGCAAGUUGUGAAAACAAAAAAAAGAAGAAAAAAAUUUGUCCGCA